GCACGAGUGAAGGACAAAUACCGCGAACGAAAGACAGCAAAGACUGGAGCGCGCGACUUUCAGAGAGAGAGAGGGGGGUGGAGUGUGGAGAGAGACAUAUAUAUAUAUCCCAUGGUGUGUAUUAAUAAGACACUGUACAGUCGUCAGUGCCAAAAGUAAGCAGAGAUAUAAAGGUGGGACCAUUUGCAAGCUGUCGACAUCGUCGUUACACAAAAAUGAAGGGUGUGAGGACUGAUGUGUCACGUGAUAGAUACCCGUUAUGACACUGUGCCGCAUGGGUUCCCGCUAUGCCGACUUGUCACCCGAGUGUAGAUAAUACUACACCCUGGCCACCACAAAGGACUUGGUGUAGUGGUAACCAGCAGACUUUCCUCUCUUUGUCGGAGAUGACAACACUUUGUGGCUUGGAUAUAAAUGUUUACUGUCAUCCGACGAGGACGAAAGUGAGUUUCGCUUGGAUGCAAGUAGUGACAUACUGUGCAGAAAUAAUUUUAUUUGAAUAGAAGCAGUGAUGAGCUGUGUUUUGAAAACAACUAAUGUCAUAGGACUCCAUGCUGUAUUGUGCUUUGAAUACAAGUGAAGGAUAUACAAGGUAGCUGUCGGAAACACUCCAAGCCAUUGGGGUUGAAGAACUGAACUGAAAAUCAUACACACCUCGCUAUUUUUCUUGGAUGCUUCAGGAAGCAAAAGAUUUCCAAGAAUAGGGCCUAGACGAGUUAAAUAUCUCCGAAACCUGAAGACAAUUGUUAGGAGAAUCCUUCCAAAAGAGCAAGACUAGAAAUAGAGAGGGAUGAAGCUUGUGCUUGGGACUAAACAAGAACCUGAAGGGAUGUCGACUCCGCGGUGGCCAGAGGACAACAAGAGGAGACAUCAGCCGCGGAGAUUGCGUUCGUAACUCCAUUUCUUUUGGUCUGGAAAACCAGACUUAAGUCCACGGGCUUUUAUACCCAAACACCCAAGAUUUUCCUCCAAAGGGAGUAAGACAACCACGGAGUCGCCAGUCGAGCCACUCACCACUACACCAUGCCGCUACUCAGACUCUUCCACUCGCCUCUGGCGCCGAAGAUGGAAGGAGCGGAAAAAAGAACGGUGAUUAUGAUCGCCAUCGUCUUUCAGAUCGUCUUCACGGGAUAUCGGGCCAUCCAGAAUCUUCAAAGCAGUCUUAACGAUGAAGGAGGAAGAGGGGUGAUCUCUCUGAGCUGCUUGUACGCUGCUUGGAUCGUGUCCGGGAUGCUCACCCCCGCAGCUAUUCGCCUCUUCACUGCAAAAGGAACCUUGAUGCUGGCGUGGAUUGCACAUGCGCUGUACACUGCUGCCUCCUUCUACCCGGCCUGGGAGCUGUUGGUGCCGUCCUCCGUGUUGCUGGGGGCUCUGUCUGCCCCCAUGUGGACAUCACAGGGGCUGUACAUCACAGCCUGCGGUUACUCAUUCGCCAAGACCGCUGCCAACUCGCCCUACGACGUCUUCAGCAGCUUUAACGGCAUCUUCUUCACCAUCUACGAGACAUCGCAGAUAAUAGGAAACAUGGUCUCUUCUCUCGUCAUCCGCAAUGGCGUGGGCAACAAGUCUGAAGAGAUCCUGUUCAAGUUCUGCGGGCCCCAGGAUUGUCCCGCUGACGACAACGCCACCAACAUCGAGGAGCCUGAGAGCUGGGUUAUCGAUAUUCUCCUCGCCAUCUACAUCUCCUGUAACCUCCUGGGCCUCGUCUUGACCUUCAUCUUCAUCACUCCCCUCCCCCGGAGUGACUGGAGUCUGAAAAAGUCCACCAAGGAAACCGUCACCUCCUUUUUUGUGACUUUGAAGAACCUGGACAUUCUCCUCCUCAUCCCCAUAUUCCUGUUUCAGGGAAUGCAGCAGGCUCUUCUCUACAGCGAGUACACCAGGGCCUUCGUAAGCUGUCCAAUCGGUAUCCACAUGGUGGGUUUUGUGAUGGCAGCCCACGGAGCCACCACCCCACUCGUCACCUGGACUUUCAGUCGACUGGUGAGACUAACGGGCAGGUAUCUGCUGUUCCUGUCAGCCGGCGGUAUCAACCUCGGUGUCAUGCUGGUUAUGUAUUUCUGGACACCCGAUAAACACGACCAAGCUGCUAUCUUCUUCCUGCCCAUCAUGUGGGGGGUUGCAGAGGGGAUAUGGUUCACGCAGACCAGCUCUGUGAUUGCAGUCCACUUCGCUGAGGAGAAGGAGCCAGCGUUCGCCAUUUACCACACGUUCCGCUCUGUCGGUCUGGCCUUGACCUUUUCCUACAGUGUCUUCCUGUGCACGUCCGUGAAGAUGCUGGUGGGCGUGGCGACCGUGUGCGUGGCCCUCAUCCUGUACACUGUGGCCGAACUGCGCUUGCGUUGGCGGACGACGCAUGCGCAGUCAAAGCCUGUCCAGAAGCUGGCAGCAUCCACGGCAGCCACAGCAGUGGCAUUCUAUAACGGUGCGCUGAGUGUAGAAGGAGAAAAAACGGAAAUACCUUUACGUACCCUGGCCCGGUCAGUCAGCUCCUUCUCCAGGCAAAAUUCAGAAGUGUCCAUGUCUUCAGUGUUCUCUGCAACCGAUCUCGCGCAGCCGUCUUCCCCGACCGCCGUGCUGCCCUCGCAGUUUCGUAUUUCCACCAUCGCCUCUUCCACGUCGUCGCUGAUGUCCUCAAUGGCGAUGAUGGGGAGGACUCGUAGCAGUGACGGGGAGACAGCAAGCGCAACUUCGGCCUCUACACACGGCAGCCGACGCCAUUCAUCGGCAGAUGACGAAAUGUAUUUUUAGAAUGAGGAUCGCAGUGGCGCCCUCCCGGUCUCCCCUUGCUUUCUCAAGUGUUUGAAGAAUGUUCGUCUCCUGCUCCUAAUAAAGGACAGAAAAUAAGAAAGCAGCUGGUGAACAAACACCACACGGAGCAUAAAGCUGUCAAACUAUAAAACAAGAUGAGUAUGUGUAGUACUUCCUGUUGUGCUGAAUGCAUGGAGCUAACUGUGAAUCUGGUGAAGAAAUCACUGAUUAGUGUUCAAAGCAAUGCCUGAAUUAUGAAGCUGGUGGUGGGAGCACCGUAGAUUGUAACAAGUAUUGUGAGCACAUAUUAUAAAACUGCCCGAGGGGGCGGACAUUUUCUUAAGCGAAAGGGAAGUGUUUGUAUAGCCUGUCAGAUCGAAAGUUGACAAUAAAACCACAACUGGAAGAGUUCGCUUGAGAAACUGGCAGACAACGCCGGGUUCUUGCAGUCAUUCGUCCCUUGACUAAUACCUGUGGUUGGGGGAGCACACGGAUAGACGUGGCAACUGACAGGCCCGCCACUUACACCUGUUUGGGGCGAUGGUCAGCAGGUCCUGCACAGGAUGACCAGUCCUGUCUUUGACGUUCGUAAGCCAGUUCUUCCUCUGGCCACCCUCCAAAGUACCUUUAAAGACAGUCUUCGACAAGGUGUCGUGACGGGUCACAUGAUCAGAUCAGAUCAGAUCAUCUGAUAUCGCCAGGUCGUUGCAAGGUGAUAUCCAGGGGUUGUGGCAGCUGUAUUCUUUGUAUGAGAUCCUGACCGAGCAGCCUCAUCAGCCACUUGUUGUCGAAUACCUGGAUUCUCCUUUCCGUCUCGGCGAGCAGUCUACGUGUCACAUCCGUAGAGCAGGAUCGGCACUACCUGGGAUUUGAACAGAUUGUAAUCAACCUUAUGCUAGGGGUGAACGAGAUGCUGUCUAGUCUAGCCACUGCCGCUGAUGAGUUGCGAGCCUGAUGCGGAUAUCUGACGUGGAGCUGCCGUCCUUGGAGAGGGUGGCUCCCGAUACGCCGGGUACCCCGCUUAGUUAUUCAUCAACGGCCAAGCCUUUUCAGUUGUCCCAAACUUCGAACUCACGGGAGCAGUGAAAAGGGUGUCUAAAUGUAGCAUCUGUGCUGAGAACUCUAUUCUGUCUUUCUCACCAGACUCACCUUCACAACUCUCUCUCUCUCUUCUUUGUCACAUCUCUCUCAGUCCUUCUUUCUCUCAGCUCUCUUAAUUUUUUCUCUUUAUUUUUUCUCUUUAUCCCCUUUUCUUUCUAAACUUGAGGCACAUUGUAGAGUACUACACUUUCAGAGAAAAAUUUGAACAAUUUUUGAGCUAAUUAUUCCUGAAACGAUCCAGCAAAUAAAUCAGUAGGGAAAUAAAUACCUUUAGGUAAAUAGUUGACCACAAUUUUUGUGGCCAGUAAUUCAGUGUUUAUGAGCUUUUAUGUCAAGAGCAGAAUCACACUUCUUAUAUAACUUUAAAUAGUAAUAAAAUAAUAAUGAAAAUAAUAAUAAUUAUUAUUAUCAACACUGUUAAUGUAAAUAGAAACUAAGUGGGGAAAUAUCGACCAAAGUAUUCUAAGGCACCUAGAAAAUUUCUCUAAGUUUGGAGCAGGACUUGUCACAUCUUUGUCAAAGUCCAAAGUGUAUAGGGUCUUUUUUUUUAUUAAUCAACAAACAAUAGUAGAAUUGUCCUGUUGUCUUAUAUUAAUCGAAAGACAUAUUCUAACCCGCGCAGGUUUGAGAGAUUUAAAGCAAUGUUAAGCUCGAUGAGGGUGGAUUUCAUUUCAUGUCGAGGUUUUAGCUAACUUACCCUUUCUGUGCCCUUAGAGGUCGUAGACUUACUCUCGGAACAGAAGGUUGCUUACUCAGAUGUUGGACCAUAGUAUAGUCACCCAGAUUGAGAAUAUGUUGCUUUGAGCUUUAACCUGGCCACUUUAGAUCACCAGGAAGUCACUUACUGCGCAUGCGCUGUCGUCUGUGUUUGUGUGUGAAGUAUGGGUGUGGGCAUGCAUGCUCGCUUGCUGCACUUGCAUUUUUAUUUAAAUGAGGGUCUAUCUAUCCUACCCCUCUAGAACCAGAAAAAAAGCCUCAUGCUCAUGCGUCCACCGAAAACGGAUAGCAGAGACCACUGGAGUUCGAACUGACAGGUGCCCCGGUUCUACACGUGUAGUGCAGCAUCCUGUCCUCAGUCAUACCAGCUGGCAGCAAUGGGUGCUUGACUCCUUAGACGGCUUAGAGGGUUGGGAAAGAUAAGGCAGCAAGGGAAAGAAGAUGGGCACCGCCCUCACAUAAAGCUGACCGCGAGAAAAGUGAUGUCACUAACACUUCCCUCCCUAACGAUCUUAGGUCAGGCAUCGACCUUAAACGUUUAACCGAAAAGUUUUAAACUGAGAGGGAAACUAAUAUAAAGGCAAGUAAUGUGUGUGUGUUGUGCAUAUUCUAGAUACCUUAGAAAGAAAAGGAAAAAAAAAAAAAGGCGGCAAACUUUGUAAACACAAUACUAAUUGAUGAAUGAAUGUGAGAAAAGAAUAUAAAAAAAAGGAAGAUGAUAUAAAGUUAUGAUUUACAUGUGUGAGCAUAUAAAUAUAUUGAUAAUACAGCACCUACCACAA